CCCCCCAUAUCAGCGCAAUCCAUCUUUCACGUCUCUGCCCGGCCUUGGUUAUUUGCAUUCACGUUGCAGAGAUACUAGCGCAAGAACAAUACAACUGGCUUCUACCACCCGCGAAUUCCCUUGCAGCUACCAAAGCCUAGACGACUGCCACAAUGGCAGCCAGCAAAGCGUCCCGCAUCGGGGAAGAAAUCUGGAAAACUCGCAUCGAUAAAGUGAAUGCCGAGCUGGUGACGCUCACGUACGGAACCAUCGUUGCGCAGCUAUGCAAGGAUUUCGAAGACGACUACCCAGAGGUCAACCGACAACUUGACAAGAUGGGUUACAACAUCGGUCUGCGACUCAUCGAAGACUACCUGGCAAAGUCAAAUACAAUGAAACGAUGCUCUCAUUUUCGGGAAACCGCAGACAUGAUAUCGCGGGUUGGAUUCAAAAUAUUCUUGAAUAUUACACCGCAAGUGACAAACUGGACAGCCGACAACAACUCAUUCUCCCUGGUAUUUGACGAGAAUCCGUUUGCCGACUUUGUCGAGCUCCCAGACGAUGGAAGGGCGCAGAACGAGCUCUGGUACUCCAACAUUUUGUGUGGAGUGUUGAGAGGCGCAUUGGAGAUGGUUCAGAUGCAGGUGGAAGCGCACUUUAUCAGCGACGUCCUAAGGGGGAACGACACUACAGAAAUGCGGGUAACGUUGAUACGCUACAUCGACGACGAGCUGCCGCCGGAAGACGAUUGAUAGAAUGACGAGCAUGUGUCGGGCCAGAUUAACGAGGUGAGAGGCCAAGCCAUGUGCAGGAAAUGCCAGAGCUAGCAUUUGACCGCGGGGCUUUUCCUUUUCCUCUUCCGUUCUUCAAAGGGAAUCCUUUUGCCGCGGCCCCCUGGUGAUGGCCGGUCCGAUCCCACUGCCGUCAGAGAAAUUACGGGGAAUGAAAGCAGUAUGAUACCCAUAGAUAGCCGAGCUGUCUGUCUGUACACUUUGAUCAAGCCAUUGCGAAUAAUUACGGCAUAAUCCCGAUGGGUAUCUGUCAGUAAAGGAACGGGAUGGAUAACCGAAUGUCCAUCUGUACCUAUGAAUAGUUUACCGAGCUGCUAGCACAUGGUGCCGCGGACAAGUAUGGAGCCUGAUGGCUGCGCUGUUUGCUUCCACUUGCAGCAUCAAUGAUUUAAAGUUCAGCAACAUUCAU